CCGGUAAACCCAGUAAACCCGACGCUUAUCGGGAGAUUUGAUUCUAUUCACUCACUGAGAUGGCUGCCACGAAGGAAGACGAAAAAUCCAAAAAGCUCAACGCAUUAUUCGAGUCUAUGGGGCAGCAAUGGCAAGAAGCGCAUCAGGUACUGAAGGAAGAGAAAGCCAAUUACACUCGUCUUUUAGAUCACAUGUCGGAAGUUUUAAGCAAAGUUAAUUCGGAUAGUCAAAUCACACUUCGUCCUUAUGGAAGCGCGGUUGAAGGUUUAAAGUGUCUGGAACUCAAAGAUAUUGGCGAUGUAGACAUCAUGGCCUUUCCGACCUCUGACAACCUCGUCAUUCCUGAGGAUUUUCUCGAAUAUUCGCCUGACAAUCCACUGCAUGUGAGAAUCAAAGUUGGCGACCACCCCGUAUUUAAGUCCUGUCUUGCGGACGGUACACAAUACCUGGCCACCUUGGCCAUAAAAAAGUUCCACCCUAAAAUUUAUGGGAGUUUACUGCCUGAUUUAGUAGACCGUUUGACGCGCAUAUUUUCCGCAAUGCCUCUUGGGAAGCUUUCCGUGGAACACGUCAACACCUGCCUCAAGAACAAAACCUCGAGUCCUGCCGUCACUAUCAAUUUUUCUCGGAAGUUUGGGACUAUUUUCAACGAGUAUACAACCUCCGAUAUCCAAGAUAAUUUGUCUCCGAAAAGGUCUCUAAGGGCAGCGGACUGGGAUUUGAUGGCUCAUGUAAUGUGCAUGGGAAAAGGAGUCGACUACACAAGGAAACACGCCGAAGUAGUGAGUGACUUUGUGCAAUUUAUAAGUGAUUUGGUAAAAGCAGUGCAAAGGAGUGGUCUGCCUCUUCCCGCCGUUUUUCAAGAGCUCCAUUUGAGCAAUAGAGCAGAAGAGCUUACAACUAGAUUUCGAGAGAUAGAAGGUCCAUCGCUAGGUGAGAAGGUGGGUUUUAUCUGGCAGGUCCCUGCUGAAGAAAGCAAAGAAGAACAAUUUGUUUCUCCACAACAGAGUCAAGAUAGUGUCUACGGAACCUCAAGUGCCAUGUUGCAUAAUAACUAUGAGGGUCGACGCUUAAGUGGAGAAGUCUCCUUUACAACGAGCCAUUCCACAUCAGAUAAACGUCAGGUUAUACCUGUGCAAGAAACUGAAAGGAAAGAUUUGGACUCCACCGGCAAAAAUCUGAGAGAAAAGCGCAAUGAGGCGAAGGAAACUCAGGCAUCAGAGAAAGAGAAGACCUUUGAAGCAGAGUCUCAAUCGACCGAGCCUCUAGGGAGACUAUAUAAUGACUGGCUUCAACAUUUGCUCUUACAAGAGACGGACGAAACGACAAGAAAUGCCCCAACUGAGACGGAAUCAUCCAACGGCAUUAGAAGAACGAAGUCCUAUCAUCAGGCAUCCGGAAGUGAUUUUGUUCCCGCUUUGCGAUCCUGUGGAUGGCCGAAGGUUGCUGAAGAUUGGUUCCAACAAGGGCGCAAAUGGCCUUCCUCAGACAUGGUGGACAGGGUUCUUCAGGAAGGAGUCCAUUUGGUGGUGAAGCCACCAAAGAACAAUGGAAAUCCUGAUUGCGACUUUAGAAUCUCCUUUUCUCAUGCAGAAUACCUCCUGAGCCAAGAGAUGAACGACAUCCAACGGGAGUGCUACCGUUGUCUAAAGAAAAUUCACCGUGCUUAUCUUUCCAGUCCGGAAGGUUUGGAAUCAUUCCAUCUCAAGAACCUCUUUUUGCAAACAAUAGAGGAGACGGGGGCGGAGAUGUGGACCGAGCAAAGGAGGGCCGAGUGUAUGAUGAAACUCCUCGGCAAGCUGUUGAAAGCUUUGAAAGACAAGGACUUACGACAUUUCUUCGUGAGAUCAUACAACCUGUUUGGAGUGGACUACAUUCAAGACCCAAAGAUUCUCGAGCCCCUGGCCGAGAUGGUUAAGAAGAUCAUGGAAAAUCCUGAGGAAUUUGCAACGGAAGUAAUUAAGAAUGGAGAAGAAGAACUGAGGAAAGCAUGCAGUUCGUUGGAGAAAAACCACCAACAGUUUGAUGAUGAUGCAACAGAACAUCCACACAAGAACAACAAUCACAACGAGAGCAAGGAAGCUACUUAUGGCGCGAGUGCGGAAUAUCGAUACCAUGACCUGAAAGAUAUCUACCUGAAGAUAAGUGAAGAGAUGAUAAAAAUCGCUUACAACGAUACUGAUUCCAAUCUUGAAGCCUUGGAGCCCCUUGAGAGGUCCAUCGUGGAACGCUUGAAAGAAAUUAGGCAGAAUUACUCUAAUAUCGAUGCUAAAGACGUUCUCAACGUAUUCGACUUCUUCUGGAACUUGACCUAUUUUAAGGUUUGGAUGAGCUCGGAGCCUGACAUGAGGCGUCGUAUGCUUGAUGCAAUUCAUGGUGAUGUUGAACUAUGGAAGGUCACGAUGAAGGGCAAAGAAGACUUCCCAUCAUCAGGGGAUACGGCAGCUUCUCUAGCAACGAUGCAGGAUCUCUCUGCCAACCAUUUCUUGAGCUAUAGGAAUUUCUUGCCAGCUGGAACAGUGAUACAGUGCUUUCGUAAAUUUAUUGCCAACAACCUUACACAAAUUACGCAACAAGCGGUUGAUAUAGAUGAGCUUUCAUUGGACUAACUUAGCGCUACAUAGAAAGCUUCUAUAACUGAAACAGUAACUUCAUUCUACUGUGGAAUGUUGGUUAUUUCCGCAUAUUUGCCAAAAUUGCAUUUUGUUUUCACUAAGCGACUUACCCAGGGUUAGCUUACGCUCUUAAGUGAACAGCCAGCUUAGAAACGGUGCUUAGGUAAUAUACCUAGGAAUGUCCUUAGAAUUGGAAUUAUCUCACUACUAAACACGAUUUUUGUGUGGGAUACUUGUGGUAUCCCACUCUGUUGUUAUCGGCUCGUGUCCGUCAUCACAAAUGAUUGUAUCCCACACACCUCAGUACUCUCUGUAGACAUGAUAAAUUUUUCUUUUCAGCGAAUCGAAACCAGAGGAAAGCACCAUGUAGAGGGCCAAUUUAUCUUUAUUUCAUAAUUUAUAAGUU